AUGUCUGCCGCCAUAACCCGCCAGGAUACUAAAACUGAAGCUCCAGUCCGAGAUUCUCACACCAGCAAUGGAUGCGACUCAGACCACACCGAAGAACCCAAAGAGGAGCUUCCUACAUUCGAACAACUCCCUCUCAGACCCAAUGAUCCGCCCUACAGCGCCUGGGGCCUAUGGGGCGAAGAUGACGAGCUCGGCCGCCUCAACCUCCUCACCCCAGAAGUAGUAAAAUCCGCGGCACUCGAAAUCCAGCAUGGCAUCAGAAUACCACUCAAUCUACCCUUGGACUUCCUAGCGCGACCCAUGAAUCCCGCACGAGAACCAUGCAUCCACCGCAUCAACGCCAAAGGAAGAGCCAACGACGACUCGCUGCAGAUGGACACGCAAGGCUCGAGUCAUUUCGAUGGGUUAAGACAUGUGCCCUAUCUGGAUUUUCCAGAGAAGGGGAGCGUGAGGCAUUAUAAUGGUGUGACGCAGGAGCAGAUUUCUGGACCGCAGGCAGGGGAUAAGCUGGGGAUUCACAACGCGGCGCAGACGGGGAUUGUGGCUAGAGGAGUUUUACUGGAUUGGUACCGCUAUGCUCUGAAGAAGGGCAUUGAAUUCUCACCUCUCGAUAGCCACCGGAUUCCACUUUGGCAAUUGCAGGAGGUAGCCAGGGAGCAGGGUGUCACCUUUCGCCAGGGCGACGUCUUGAUCAUCCGCACAGGCUGGACGGUUGCAUACAGUGCACUCUCACACGACGAGAAACUAGCACUCCCAUAUCGCGAUCCCCGAACCGCUUGCGGCCUAGAAGCAUCGAAAGAAUUCUUGAAAUGGCACUGGGAAAACGGCUUCGCAGCAGUCGCAUCGGACACCGUGGCGUAUGAGGCCAUGCCAUUCAUUCGACCUGCUGGCGCCUGUAUGCAUGAGGUCUUCCUAAGCGGAUGGGGCAUGAUGAUUGGGGAAUCGUGGGAUUUGGAGGAGUUGAGCAGGCAGUGUGGACGGCUACAGAGAUGGACGUUUUUCUUCUCUAGUCAGCCGUUGAAUGUUGUUGCUGGGGUUGCGAGUCCUUGUAAUGCUAUGGCUAUUUUGUGA